AUGCGGGACGUCGGCGGCUUCCCAUGCGCGGCUGCCUCCGUCUUGGACGUCUCGCCCGACCUUUGGGCCUGCGCGCUAGAGGAUGGCAUGCAAGUGCUCCAUGGACCGCAGCAGGAGCAUGUGGUGCUCACGCCGUCGGCGGACGACGUCGAUGGGCUCAUGCACGUGGCAUCGGCGCCGACCGCCUCCGUCGCCCGCUUUAGCCGCCUCAAGUCGUCUGCCGGCACGUACGAUGUGGCGCUCGGCUUUGCGAACGGCUUUGUCCGCGUCUUUGGGCAGUCGGGCGUCGAGCUCUUCGCGCUCCAUUGCCACCAGGCGCCGAUCCUGCGCCUCGAAUGGAGCCACCGCCACAGUACAACCAAGGAGCUAUGGGUUCUCUACGACGACAAGACGCUUGCGAUCAUCGAGUGGGAGUCGGACCCGACGCCAAAGCGGUCCUGGCGCAAGUAUACGCUGCAAGGCCAGACCGAGAUCCUCGCCGUGCUUCCGUGCGCCGAGACGCGGCCGUCGCUCUUCCAGGUGCAUGCGCGCGUCGGCCUCCAGAACGCGCUCGCCGUCGGGUGCGACCCCAUCAUCGGGUUUUACCAAGCCGGCAACGACGCGUCGUCGAUCUUGCACAUUGCACACAUUGCGUCGGCCGUCGCCACGCGGGCGGCUGGCGCCGUCUGGUCGCUCGCCAAGAGCUGGGGCUGGUCGGCCGAGAAAUCGACCGCAACCGACGUUGCACCGACACCGCUCGACGUUGCGUCGGAGCUCGGGCUUCCCAGCACGCUGCGGCAAAAGGCGCGGGCUGCUGUCCUCUCGCCCAACGGCCGCCUCGCGCUCGUCCCAGACUCGCUCGGUCGCAUCCUGCUUCUCGAUACGUCGACCAUGCUCCUCUUGCGGCUCUGGAAAGGGUACCGCGAUGCGCAGGUGGGCUGGAUGACGAUGGACUCGCCUUCGGACGUUCCGGGGCUCUACAUGGUGUUCUAUUCGGCGCGACGGGGGUUCGUCGAAGUGUGGCGCGCCCGCCACGGCCCGCGUGUGCUCUGCGUGCCCGUCGGAGUGCACGCGACGCUGCAGCUGUGCACACUCGUGCUGAGCCCGACGCACGCGUCUUGCGUCCUCGUCGUCGAGACCGCGUCCGGCACCUCGCGCGUCCAAGCCGUCGACUUGGACGCGGCGAGCAAGACGUCGAUUCUCAAAUACUUUAGCAUGGAUCUCCGGCAAGAGGAGGUGUUCCACCUGCACCAACUGCUCGACAGCCUCCACGCGCUUCGGGAGGUGCCUGUCCCAAACGAGAAGACGGUGCAGAUUCUUGCCCAGAUCCCGCAGCUCACGACGGCCGCCGGUAUCGACGCUGUCGUCGACGCGCUGCAUACAUCGACCAUGGCGCACCUCGGCGGUGACUUUCACAGCGAUGCCCUUGCCGCCCUCGUGUCGGUUGCGCACUCCGUGGUCCUCGGCGCGAAUCCGUCCUUGGAGCAGCUGCGCGCGGUCUUCCUCCUUGAAUGGAAGCAGCACAUCCUCCGCGCGUACGGGCAGCUGCGCGACGAGGCGACCGCCAGACGAUCGGCGCCGUCCUUGUUUGAUGACGACCCGGUGCGGGCGACGCUCGAGCAGUGGCAGACGUGCCUCGCGCGCGCACGGACGUCGGCGGCGUCCCCGCUUCCGUCCUCCAAUGCACAAGAGCUUUCGUGCCUGGCGUUUCUCGACACCUUUGCACCGCCGCUGCGCAGCACGAGCGAGUCCCCUGAGACCGAGCGCCGUCUGUACCUGUUGCUGCAGCGUAAAUUCCGGGGCGACCUGAGCUUUGCCGACUGUUUGGACCAAGUCCACGCGCUCCUGGCGCGUCCUCUGCUUCGGAUUGCCAAUGUGAAGCGCGGCGCGUGGCUAAGCUUUUGCUUUGGCCCGCUGGAGACGACGGUCUUUGCUGUCACGAACGUCAUGGCCAUUCACUCGGGCCUGCGCCUCAACACAAGCGACAUGUCGCUGUACACGGAGAUGUUUCUGAACUGGUUCUUUGGUCUCCCGGUGGAAAGGGUCCUCGCGAUGACGAGCACGACCGCGUCGUCGCCGCUCCAGCGCUGGCUCGAGCCUUGGAUCCACGCCAGCUCGUACCCGCACGUGCUUAAAGACAGCGAUGCCUUCACGCUUCCCGAGCUCUCACCGCCGCUGCGCAGCGUGUUUAACGCGUGUCGGAAAAGCGACAAGCUCGUGCACGUCUACGUCCUCACCCACCACUUGGACGUGGGGACACGUGCGCACGCACAGGCACUACAAGAGUCGACGCUCGGGCAGAUUAGCGUCCUCGGCGCGGGCCUGCGCUGGCGGGUCUUGCAGCACUGCCUCCACAAGGUCCUGUACCUCACGUGCCUCCUGCGCCUUCCCGGCAAACUUUCCAUCGACGCUGUCGAGAGUGUGGACGAGCUGCUGCGGGCGAUUGCAAUCUGCCAGCUCCAGCAAGCCCCCGACGCGGGCGACGCGCCAAUCGUGUGCUACGACAGCGGCGAGGCGUGGAUGACGGCAUGGCAGGCGCAGCUCGAGGCAUCCUCGUCACGGCGCCUCGUCGCCUCGGUGCUUCAGAGCUUUCGCCAGCUGCAGCACGCUGACUCUCUCGCUUGCUGCCGGGCCACAGUGCUCUUCUCGGCGUGGAACGCGGACCGGUCGCAAAUGUCCUAUUUGGAGCUCGCGCUCGACGAAGUCGAGGCGGUGACCGUGCCAUCGACCAAGGUCGCGCUGGUGGCGCACGUCUGGGAAACGUAUGUCCGGACGCACGUGGCGUCGAUCUUGGCCUAUUGGGUCGACGUCGCGUCGGGCCGCAGUGUCUCCAAGGGCCUGCAGCCAUCGAUUGCGCGCCAGUUUCUCCACCUCGUCCGACAGCUCUUGGAUCUCGUUGCAGUCGCGACGACGACCUUAUCACGGGAUUUUCUCGACGACGACGAGGAAGCGCUUUUGACGUCACAGCUCGUCGAGCAGAUUGCGUGGACGGGCUCGGACACGGACGUGUUGAGCCUCUUUGGCGCUGCGUGGCCACCUCGGUACACGCAUGCGACGCUCGCGACAAGCGUAUCGCGCAUCGACGGUGUGCCCACAACCAGCGUACAGCUGCACUGCCAGUUGCUCUCGGUCCUUGACGCCUUCUCGGCGGUGCCCGACGCUGCGGUGCCGCUGCAAACGCUCUUUGGUGCGCCACAGCUGCUCUGUGCACCCGACGGCUUGACGACGCCACCGCCGAUCGAUGCGGCUGGCGCCUCGGCCUUGACAGCCGCGCGGUACCAGUUUGUGCUGCGCCUGCUGCAGUCGGAUGUCGCGGUCGGCUUUAACGUGGCGACGACGUUUUACCUGCCGCUGGACGCGAUCAAGCAAGACCACGCGGUGUUUCUGUACGAGAGUGGCCUCGACAGCCACGCCGAAGAGCUCCUCGGGAAGCUCACGCUGUCGCCCAGCGUCUGCAGGCGCCUCGGGUGCAUUGCGCGAACGCGCGUGGCGCUUGUCUUGUCGCGCAUGCGCAGUCGCCCCGAGUACGCAGCUUUGAUGACCCGCAUGCCGGCCGACGUGUGCACGUGGGUGUGCUCGCCGUCCCCGCCGUUCCCGCCCGACAACGCGGUCAUCGAGCGCGACGCAACGCCGUCGAUUAGCGCCACGUACUUUUUACUCAUGCAGUGUCUGCAGUGGUUUCCAGCGCCGUCGAUGGAGCACACCAAGGCGACGGGCAUGCUCGGCCUCGUCAAGAGCCUCCUCGACCAGCUCAAGCAGGAACGGCAGACGACGACGGCCGCUGCAAGGAUGCGAGGCAACCAGUGA